AUGUCAAAAUACUAUUCCUUCGAGGAACAAACCCAAACCGAGUUUUCGUCAGAAGUUUCUCCAUUUAUAUUGGCACCAUUAGAUGAUUUAUCAUGCAUGGAAACCACAAUUUUAACAUCAGGAAAUUUAGUAACAGAGGCUACCCCAGUUACAAAUUGGUUGAAGAAACAACGGAUCAACGUAAUCGAUAAUCGUAAUGAAAUCAAAUCUGCAAUCGAUAAAUUUGAUUCCGAAAGGAGAGCUGAGUAUAAUAACGUAAAAAACUACUUUCAAAAUAACAUAUUUAAUAACAAACAAGAAAAUGAGAAUAGAUUAGUACCUACAUCGAUUGUCGCAUUGAGUGCAUUUCUUACAGGAAGAAUUAUGUGCCGAAAAAGGUUUGGUUGGUCGUCUGUUGGUAAUCCAACUUCGAUAUCCACUAAAUUGAUUAAAAGUCUUCCUAGUAGAAUAAUAACGCCUUGGGUAUUUGCUUGUACAACAUUUGCCAUUGGGACUCCAGAGACAUGGAAUAACGUUACUAAAGUCAUCAGCGAACGUUAUAUUCCUACUGAUGUCUCUGAAACUGUGAAAAAUACUUCCAAUAGCAUAUACAACAUUCUUAUUAAAGCUCCAAUUCAAAAUAUAAACCAAUUUUCAGAGGUUACACUACCAGAAGCUGUCAAACAGAUAAGAAAAAAUUUCAUUGAAUUACUUCAAGUCUCCUAG